CAGAAGGACUUUAUACACAAUAUACUGUACCCAUAAACUAAGACUGAGGCAGAAUCAGAUAAGAUAAAUCCUCGUAGACAAGAGUGAAAGACAGAUGAACAGGCUCAGACUCUGCAUUAGGGACAGGCAGACAUCCCAGUAGACCAGAAAUUAUCCAUCACUGAGACCCAGAUAAUAUGACUUAAACCAAGAGGUGAAAUGAUGGGGACUGAAGCAGAGAUGACUUUGGGUCUGAAGCUGAGGUGACAUUUAUGGACUGAAGCUGAGGUGACAUUUAUGGACUGAAGCUGAGGUGACAUUUAUGGACUGAAGCUUAGGUGACAUUUAUGGACUGAAGCUGAGGUGACCUAGGAACUGAAAUCUAAACCCCUAAAUAUUGUUAACAGGUUCUCCACCUCUCUCUCACCUGCUAGGCUACGAAAUGGAAUACUUAUCUACCACUGCAUCUGUCAUUGCGAUGAUAUGUGACUUGUCUUGCUUCAAAAUGAUGGUUGUCGGAGCUGUCUUCACCCUCAUCUGGUUCAGGUUAAAGGCCCAGGAUGUGCACCGCCUCCUAGCAGCCUGUAAGGAGCUGGAGGUACGGCAGAAAGUGGGCAGGAAAAUGUUCUUCUGGCCACCGCUGCUCUUGGUGCUCAUACUUACGGAAGCAGUGCUCAUCUCAACGUGGUACAUGGAAGAUCUUACUUUUGUCUCGGCUCCACGCUGGGUUGUGGUAGUGGUUAUGCCCAUUCACGCCAUCAAUAGGACGACUGCCGUCUUCCCAACCCUGCUGUAUAUAGGGGUGACCGACGUACUAAAGGACUAUGCAGCUUAUCUGGGUGGCAGGCUGGAGACUGCAUACAGAUCUAGGGACUUGGCUAGGACAGGAAGCAGAACCACGAUGAGGCACACAGGCUUGAUCAAGAUGACAAGGGAAAAUGAUUGUGGCACUUCUGACGGCCAUCUUGAUGUUGUAGUGGAUGAGGCUGCCCAAGAAUUGCACCAGCUCCUCAACCUGCACCACCAACUGGACAAGGUGGUGAGCAUCCCACUGCUGGUCUCCUUAAUGGGCUUAGCAAUAUCAAUUGUGGGAGCAGCCUUCUUCUUCUCCGAGGCAGCAUCUUUCUGCGAAAUAUUGACAUUGAUGAUGACGAUGAUGUUGACAAUCACCUUGCUCUAUGUUCAGGGUUACAUAGGCGAUGCCUUCCACCAGCAGUUGUUGAAUGUCCAUCAUGUGGUGCGUCAGCUGCUGAACACCGGACUCUCGUCUCACACUGAUGCUGCUCAGGACUUCUUGGUCUCACGGGUUAAGCAGCUGAGUGAUGAAGCCGGGGACCCUCUAGAAAUGACCAUUGGUGGACUCUACACACUUUCUGGCUCCAACUUCUUGCCUAUUGUUGGAGCAGUUGUGUCUAACUUGGUGAUUCUUCUUCAGUUUUAUUUACCUUGUUCAAACUCUCAUGGUUCACCUUAGCUGAUGACUUCUCUCCUUCAUGUUCCUGGAUCAUCAGGUGAGACAAGUACUGUAAAUGCCAUUUUUGACACAUAGGCCCGAGAAUAUGGUCUUCUUUACUGUUUUCUCUUUAGUACAGACACACAUCAGCUAUCAGUAGAUGAAAGUACAGUAAUGUCAGGCACCUUGAAUACAUUUCAUUUUCAGUUUGUGAAGUACAGUAAACCCUUGCUGUUUCCGAGGGUUAGGUUCCAAGGAAUGGCACGAAUUGACAAAAUCGUGAAUAGCAACUUAUACUACCCAAAUGCACACCUCUACUGUGUAUGAAAAACUUAGUCAGCAAUACUACUUACCUGUGUAUGUGGAAGUCUGGAGCUUGAUGAAGUGGUACUGAAGCAUAGGGAGGUCAAUCAUCAGGAUCACUGUUGAAAGAGGGUGAUGCAGAGUGGUUGGUGGAGAGGUGGGUGAUGGAAGCAGCUGACCGAAUGAGGGAGACGAAUCAGCUGACCGAGUGAGGGAGACGAAUCAGCUGAAUGAGUGGCUGGUGAUUUCUUGAAGAACAUAGUGAUUGGUUGUCGUUUCCUCUUGGAUUUGAGGUCUUUUAACAUUUGCUGGUAGGGAACCAAUGCCUUGUUGAUUUCUCGGACCAAACAACCGACCAGCUGCGGCAGCAUUCAUCCCCCCCCCCCUUUAACUUGUUUAAUACGUAAUUCAACUUUCUUUGUCAGGGUCAUCACUGACUUCUGCCUUUUACGAUUCACUCUACUAGCCAGUCUUUUAAGGGCCAUUUUCACAUAGAAAUACUAAAGUUUUGAGAAUACAACACUAGAGAUGCUGCAGAUGUGUGGGACAACUCAUUGCUGUGAGGGAGAGGCUCACAAGCUAGCCACCAUCUGUUUUCCGCAAAUCAUCGAAAUUGUGAAUCGCAAGAGGGUCUACUUUAGUUAUUAAUGGAUUUUACUGAUUUACAACAUUUAUUUAGCUUCAUAGCAAUAAUGAUUCCAUAUAUAAAAUUACAUACAAAAUUAUACAGAAAGUAUAAACAUGUAAAUCAUUCACACAGUAUUUUAGUCACCAAGGUUUUGAGGAGUGUCACAACAAAUAUGAAUACAAUUUAAGAAACAUCUGAUUACUUUAACUUUACUCCUUCUGUUAUAUUUACAAGUACAUGGAGGUAUGGUUUACCGUCUCAUAAUUAUACACAUUCAGAAUGUGACACAGAGUUCAUUACAGCAAUGCCUCAACUAUCCAGUUUCCUUAACCAGGAACUUGGCUGUUGUUGUCAGUCCAAAUGUAGAGCCAUCUUGUAUUAAAUCAAGUAGAAUUUGUACAUAUAGGAUUCACAUCUCGUGAUAUCUUACAUGCCUUUUAUCAGCCAAGACCGAGUUUUGAAGAAAAAAAAUCAACGAAUAAUGCAGGCAGUUGUAUCACGUGUCAAAGUUAGGUAUGAUGUCGUAUCACGAAUGUUACAGUAACUAUUAUGGACUAUGAUUAACUGGUCCUCUACAAUUGAGGCAUUGGUGCGUCCUGACGACACUCAAGAACUCGUACUUUCUACACAGAUCUUGGUAUACAGAGUCAAACCUCAUCCAUUCUGCCUUGUUCUUACAUAAGGUAUUAACUCCUUAGUAUUUUUUUUAUUAUAUUAUGGCAUUAAUUAGUUUUUUAAAAUGAUAAAUGUGCAAAAGUCUUAGUUAUUACAUGCAACUUAUUAAUUUAAAAUUUAUUGGUACAAAUAAUACAUAUAUUAGAUGAAACUUGUAACUUCAUUGUGUUAGUGGGGCAGAGAUUUGAUGGGAAAGUUUCAUGGCCAGGCAGACCUAUAUAAAAUAUAAUUAUUGUGCUUAUAUUAUGUUUAUAGUUUUAGAAGCUUGUACAUUUUGUUCAUAAGAACACAUAAGCAGGUACUAUAUAAUGUAUAUAUUCUUUCAUACUACUAAUACUGAUAUAUGUAAAUACAAUAAUUAAAAGCACAGUGUAUAAUUAUAUACUGUAUACUUAAACUGCACAGUUUAUAUAUGAUUAAAAAAUUUAACAUGGUAAUUCACCAAGAAAUAUGGAACCAUUUAUUAUCACUUAUAAUAUUUUGGCUUUCCAAGGUCAGAAAAGAUGAGGUUAGACAGACUGUGAUAUCACAAAGGCAACAGAACUGAAGCUGUGAAUUAAAGCAUCUUACCCUACAUGUGUAGUAACAUUCUGCAGCAUCAGCUGUUCUUGAAAAGAAGUUUGUACAACUGAAAACAGAAUAGACACUUCAUCUACAGCAUAUAGUUCAUCAUAUAUUGUUUAACAAUACUAUUUUAUCACAUGAAUGCAUUAUAGUUGUGUGACGAUUAUUCCAAUAAUAACUAUUUUGUUGACUUGCAAGUUGGCACCUCCUCAGAAGAACAGCCAACACAGCAAGACUCUAAUAAGCAUCUAUAAGUAUGUAUAUCUCUCUGUGGUCUAUAUGCUUAUAAUGUACCAUGAUGAGUCCAGUUGUUUGAAAAAAUCUAUGUUUCCCAAAACAACCAGAUAAUAAUAUAAAUAUCUUAUGUGUUAUGGAAUGAGAAAAGAACUUUGUUCAAGCUUUACUAUGUAUAACAAGUCUUUAAUUUAUAUCUGGUCUAAGUGACCUAUGUACUGUACUGUGCUGUACUGUCUACAAAGGAUUCAUAUGGGUAAGAUCAUCAUCCCUUUAGUACUCCAAAUUCCAGUUCAUCAGUACUGUACUUUACUAAAUUUAUAGAGACAAAUUUAAUACUGUAUAUUGAGUCUUCUCAAUAUACAGUAUUAAACCAAACCAAGUAUUAAACAGUUGGCUUACACAAAGUUUUAGAUAAACUGGUAAUUAGUAACUAACAUAACUAAACUUUAUGAUGAAACAUUUCUCCUUGGAUAAUAAAGAUUUCUGUCUUCUGAAUCAUGAGAGCUGAAGACUUGGAGACUUUCUUUUUGAGUAUAUGACAUUGAGAACUGUAAUCCAAUACUACAUCAGGGGCUGUGCUGUAAAACAAUGAGAGAACAAUCAAACAACUCCUCUUCAUGGUGGUUUGUCUACUAAUGUACGCAGUGUGAUGUCAGUGUGGGGGGUGAUGGAGCCUCACUGCAGAGUAGAGCAAAGUUUCAGCCUGAUCAAACAGUAGACUGAGCCAGGUAUCAGACUGGUUCAGAUGUUGGACUAAAUCAGAUACCAGACUGAGGCAAGUACAGUAUCAGAUUUGGCUAAAUGUCAGAUAGAUCCACAUACCAGAAUAAUAUAGAUAUCAGACUGAGGCCAAGUAUUAGACUGAUAUAGGCACAGUACUGUAUCAGACUGAAGUGCCACAAUGGAGUGAGACUCUUUUAGUACCCUGGCUGUCUCAUAAGGAACACCCACACAUCACCUGUCACUAGCUCACCUACAUGUCUGUAAUGAAACACUACAACUGUAUAAAUGCAUUAUUUGGUAAUUGUCGUAGCAAAAUGAGAAAUUAUAAAAAUAUCACAGAAAUUCACAAAUACUUUGUUCCAGAAUUAAAAUAUAUGUUUAGAAUUACUCUUAAAAAUUUAAGCAUACCAAAAAUUUGAUAUCUUCUAAACUUAUGAUAAAUAUUUAAGGAUUUUGCUAAAAUCAGUCGAUUACAAUAAAAUGCCGAGCAAAACACGAUGCAGUUGUCUAUACUUUACAUCAUCAUAAUUUUUUUAGAUAUACAGAAGUCAACUUCAUAAAUAUCUUUUAUCAGAUUAAAAUUUUUAGUGUCAAAAGAAAAUGAAUCAUUGAUUCGUUGGUCUGUCAGACAACAAAUCAACAGAACCCUGAUAUUAGUUGUCAGGUGUUGAGUCAUUUACUAUUGAAGUUUACACUCUGAAAGCUGUGUUGGCAGUGGGAUGAGACACUAACAGUAAUCACCAAUAUGGCUCACAUUUCUUGACCUUAUCACCUGAAAAUACUUGAAAGUUAAUCAUACAAUAUCCCAGUGAUUCAGCAGAAACUGUACUCCCUGUGUAGUUCCUCCAGAUCUUGGGAAUGUCAUUUUAACUCGUGUCAAUGAAUUUAUCAAAAUCAUCAAUAUAUUUCUGGAAACCAAAUUGUGAAUACAAACACACACCUGAUUUAUCAAGUCAAUUCAUUUAAAAUAAUCAACUUUUAGGGGUUUAAUUUAUCAUAGGGAAAUGGUGAACUGUUAUUCCUUACCCUACCCUGCAACAUAGGUGUAUACUCAAGCCAAUAAUACACCAUUACAGACCAUUCAGUAUUACCAACAUAUACACCCAAGGACACAUCUCUUACUCACGUUUUGUCUUGUGCACUGAAUUAAUAGGAACUCUAUUAAAGUUGUUGAUGUAUGUAACAAGAUAAGCUAAGCAUGAGAGUUCUACAGGGCUGUGUGUGUCAGGUUGUUAGUAUUAUUGUAAAGAAAGUUUACUAAUUAACCUGGGAGGUUCUGGAAUACCAAGUUAAAGACAGUACAACAACAGUGCUACAGAAAUGAGUUAAUUUACUUUGGUCUGAGCUCUCCUCCCAUAAAAUUGCUCUCACAAACUCCAGCAACAGUAAAACUAGCCGGCAGUGAUUUGGUGUGAUUAAGCAAUUACAUGCCUAAACAGGUGUGUCAAUAAGGCUAUAUUUACAUUACUUUACUCAUAGUAAAGUAUUAAAAAAAUUUCCAAAAAAUAAAAUGCUUCACAAUCACUUAGGCGUAUUUAUGAGACCCAAUAAUUCUCUCUCGCUCUCUUUCACGCGAUCCAGAACUAAAAGAGUGUUUCUUUUUCC